AUGGCUGGCGUCGCGCCGCCGGCGGGGAGCAGCGCGAUUCCCGACCUGAACGAGCCUUUCAUGGAGGAAGAUGUACACACCGCUAAGGCAAAUAUUCCCGCCGACAUGGUGGUCGACGUAGAUGCCGCUAGGGCAAAAAUUCCCGCCGACCCGACCAUCCCCCUACCGCCAGGGACGAAAGGGGCUCCCGAACCCGAGCCGGACCGGUACUCGCCGCGUUCGGACACGGAGCAGCCGCCGCCAAUUGGACCAUUUCCAGAAAACGACUACAUGUAUCUGGCCGUAGAGGACUUGUUGGCAGCCGACGAGAAAGAUGACGCCUUCCUGCAAAACAUUCCGCGCGACGAUUUUGCGGAAGCCGCCUUCGACAUCAACAAAGAGCUCGCCAAGAAGAACAGAUUGCUGAGGAUGAUGUGGGGUUUCCGGCAUCUGGACACGCUGGAGGCGAGAACGACCCGGUUUCAGUACCUGCGGGCGCUGCUCGACUUCAGGAGAUGGUGCUGCGCGAACCUUCCAAGACAGCAAACCGCCAGAGUCAAGGGGGACGGCGUGCUGGAACACGAGGACGAGAUAGGGAGGUACAUCGACGAAGACAUGGGUGAUCAGUGGCACACCGCCAAGGGCGACCUACAAUGGAUGCACGGUCCCUGCGUCAACGCCACGCGGAUCAGGGCGUACAUUCUGUCAAUCGCGAGGCAGGAAGGUAUUGCAAAGGCCGAGGAGCUCGAGGAGCUGAAUCCCGACGUCCGUGUCCAGCCCCUGAAGCCGACAACCGUUUCGAUGCUGCUCAUCCGCAUCAAAGCGCUCCAGACAGCCUGCAAGGUCGAGGGGACGCUCUUCGGGGUGAAGGAGCUCCACAUCAUGUACGACAUCUCCGAGGUCCGCUCGGAGGUGCGCGCGAUGAUCAGAGAGAAGUGGCACAGGGACGACAGGGAUUGCGUCGACCGGCACCGCGGAACGCUCGGCGACACGUACACCACCGACCAGAUCCGCCACCUCAUGUUCAAGGUCUUGCCGACCUGGGCAGCUCGGGCGUACGAACCCAAGGCGGCCACCCCCUCCCAGACACUGUGGAAGUUUCUGCUGAUGAAGACGAUGACCCUCUUGGGUCACCACACCCUUCUCCGCGGAGGCAGUCUCCGAGCGAUCGAGCUCCCCGACCUGUUUUUGUACAGAAUGGGGAACGCGUCGCCCGAGCACUCCACGCGACGGCCGGUUGUCAUGGUCGUCGCGUCACGAAACUCCAAGACGAACAAGGAUGCUCGUCUGCAUCAUAGCUACGCGGCGAGACACCUGGAGCAAGAGAUGUGCGCCGUCGGUCACACACUGUUGUGGCUGCACUUCGUGUACGACCAGCUGAGCCGCUCGCCCACCUCUCGAUGUGUGCCGCCCCUCGACUUCACAACUCCGUACGGCUGGUAUCACAAGCACCUCUUUCAUGCUCGGAACGACAAGGCACAAAAAGAGCUGCCGGCUUCAUCUCAUUCUCGGAUCACGAAAGAGAUGUGGCGGACGAACAAGAUCUUCAUCACGCGCAACACCCACACCGCUCGGGCGGGUGGGGCACAGGAGCUGGCCGACGACGGCGUUCUGCGAUCUGACAUCGCCGACUUGGGCCACUGGGCGCUCGACAAGCUCGCGAAGAGCUACAUCACGACCAUCCCGAAGGCGGCGGUGUUGAGAAAGGCCGGCUACACGGGCAAGCGCGGCGACUACCACCUCGGCCGGAGCAUGGUGAAGCCCGACGACAAGGUGGUGGCCCUCAUCGCCCAGCACAUCUUUCCGUGGGCGGAAGCGGAACUGGCCAAGGUGAGCAUUUCGGACGACAAAAACGCCGACAACCCGCCGACCAUUUCCACGACGACAUUCUACCGACGGCUGAUUGUGUUUGUGUUUGUGUUCGACUCGCAGGCGGUAAGGUGCGCAUCCGCGAGAGAGCCCAACACGGCCGGGGUGCACUUCCUGCAAUCGCUCAUCGAGUUCGGCCGCCGAAUCGUUGCCGAGGAUCUUGCGUGCAUGCUGAUGCGCGAACCGUGGCACCCAUACGUCCAGAGUUCCAAGCUCUGCCGCGACCCUGACUUCCAGAAAUGGGCCAAGGACGUCAACCGGGUGGACCUCGAAACCAUCGCAACGCGCAGUACUCCGAGCGAGAACCCCCAAGAGGAAUUCAGCGCGCGAGUUGACGCCGAAUAUCAGGUCGACCAGCUCACCAUGAUGCUGCACCGCCAGAGGGAGGAUGCCGCGAUCGAGAAGCUUGAAAUGCAGAAGAAGUUGGAGGAGAAGGACGCGGAGAUCGCGAAGUUGAUGCAGGCUCUCAAGCUGGCCGAGGCACGGCCGACGCCGACUGCGCCGGCACCGUCAAGGCCGAUGACCGCCGCCGAGAAGGCAGCGUCCGUCAAGAUCGAGAAGGAACAGAACGAUGAUCUGACGUACGAGGUCAACGUCGUGCAUCCCUGGCGCACAUCCAAGACGGUCGAGGCUGCAUGGCGCUGGUGGAACAACCCGUCCAACUUCGACUCGCGUCCGUUGCGCGAACGUUACGACGAGCACAGAUUCCUCGUCAGACACACGCGCAUGAUCUGCAAGGUCGAAAAGGGCGACAAACCCGCCGCGUCGGCGAAGUCGGCGAAGAGCUCUCGUCCCACGACCGAGGUGGGUGAGACGGGGAAAAACGAUGCGCUGCAGCACUGCGCUCGCCGGACGAGGCGGAUCAUGGAAGCGGUGCACGACUUGCGGCGGAGCGACGACGCCGCUGACACCGCCGCCGUCAUCAAGCUACUCGACCACCUGGGGCGAACGGGGCUUUCCACUUUCAGCGACGCGCUCUUGGUCCUCCGUGCAACCCCGCCCAUCAAGGUCCCCACCACAGCCGACGGAAAGUCGGUCGGCAUCAAGGGUCUGGACAAGCCGCUGGCGAGGAAGCUCGCCAUUGCGUGGGGCGUGGUCACGGCGGGCUACAUGGACGCUGACUGGGGAAAGAGGCUCUUCGGCGACUUGUGGGAUGAGCAGGCCAAUAAGGCCGGCUUGGAGGCCGAGGCGACGUCAGGAGCCAUCGGCGCAGGGAAGCGCAAGAGGGCGGGCCGAGGGUACUGCGUCUGGGUCCAACUUGUGCUGCUGGCUGGGCGUGGUGUGACUGAGGGUGGGUUGAGGGCGGGCCGAGGGCGGGCUGAGGGCAGGGUGAGAGUGGGCUGGGGGUGUUCUGAGCGUGUCCGACCUGUUCUAGUGAUCCUAUAUGGUUUUCUUUUACUGCCAACGUUGUUUCGACUUGUAGAUUUGUAA